AUGGAUAAUAGUAGUAGUAUUAGAUUAAGAAACCUGAAUAGUAGUAAUUGUGAAUCUCAACCUCACGGAACUCAACUUCUCGCAAUUUCGAAACGAAAUACCACUUCUGCUAGCAAGAGGGAAUAUUUCUAUUAUUCUACCCUGGGUAAGAAGAUUGGAUGUAGUCAAUAUAUAAAUAUCAAAAACAUUAGAAUUCUUGAUUACACGAUACAGGACAUGACCCCCGAGUUUUUCUUGAACCCGGGGGAACACAAUACCUUAUCCUUUGACAAAACUUCAUCCUUUACCAAGAACUUUUUCCGCGGAGUUCCGACCAAGGUUGAUCAAGUAAACAUAAUUUCUUUACACGAUCCUCAAAAUUGCAUAUGGGAAGGAUUCGUCAUGGAUGGAAUCUUUUUCUUGGGGGGAAAUAUAGAAUUGAAAGAAAGGAUGGUCUCGAUCAUAGAAUUAGCAGAGGAAAGCCUAAAAUGCAAUUCUUUGGUUGUGUGCCUUGAUAAAAAACUUCCUAAUAUAUCAACCGUUAUUCGCGACUUUUUUUAUGUCGGCUUUGAGUUGGUCUGGCCUGGGACAAUUGACCACAAUCACAACUCCAAUGAUUAUAUUCUCGUGGGCAUGGAAUUAUGA